CGCGCAGUAGCCGCGUCCCACCGGAGCGCCGGGGUAUAAAAGCGGCCAUCAGCUGAGCGCUCCCGCAUUGCAGGCGGCGGAACUGCUGACGAGAGACCCUCACAAUGCGGCGCUUCGCUUUCCUCCUCUUCCUCUGCUCGCUGGCAGCGGCUGUUUUGACAACUCCCCUGCUUUUGAAGAAAGACUGUGCAAAAGGUUCAGAGGUAUGGUGCCAGAAUUUGCGAACUGCAUCUGAUUGCAAAGCAGUUAAACAUUGUGAGCAAAAUGUGUGGAACAAGCCUACUGUGGAGAGUAUUCCCUGUGACUUGUGCAAAGAAAUUAUACGAGUGGUUGGAAAGCUCUUAAAGAACAAUGAUACAAUGGAAGAAAUAGAUGAAUAUUUCAACAAAAUGUGUGAAUUUCUUCCUGAAUCAGACCUGAUAGAGCAGUGUAAGGACAUAGUGGAUUCUUAUUUGCCAAAUAUUUUGGAUAUGGUCAGAUCAGAACUUGAAGAUCCUGGAGUUGUAUGCAGUGCACUCACACUAUGUCAGUCUCUUCAGAAGCACCUGGGAAAAGUAAAAUUACAAAACCAGCUUCAGUCCAACAAAAUUCCGGAACUAGAUUUCUCUGAGCUGGCAUCUCCAUUCAUGGCUAAUGUGCCACUUCUUCUUUAUCCUCAGGAUAAACCUAAGAAAGAAACACAGGGAAGUGGAAAUGUGUGUAAUGACUGUAUUCAGCUGAUAACGGAUGUUCAGGAUGCUGUGAGAAACAAUUCAACUUUUGUUAGUUCUUUAAUUGAACAUGCCAAGGAAGAGUGUGAACGUUUGGCUCCUACCCUGUCUGGAAUGUGCAAAACCUACAUUUCUGAGUAUUCCUCCCUGGCUAUUCAGAUGAUCAUGCACAUGCAACCACAGGAUAUUUGUAAUACGAUAGGAUUAUGUUCUUCUCUGAAAUCUACACCCCUCCUAGCUCUGGUGCCUGCUAAAGUUAUCUCUCCAGCAAAGAUAGAGCCAGUUGAGACCAACCCGAGUCAAAAGGAAGCAUUCUCUCUCUGUGAAGUAUGUACUAUCAUGGUAGAAGAGGUGGCCAGCCUUCUGGAAAGCAAUAAGACGGAGGAGGAGAUGAUACAUGGAAUGGAGAAAGUCUGUUUAGUGCUACCUGAAAAAAGCAGAGAGGAGUGCAAGGACUUUGUGGAAGUUUACGGGAAGUCUAUUCUUGACAUGUUGUUGGAAGCAACUAGUCCUAAAAUGGUGUGUGUGAUGCUGAGAUGCUGCAAAAAUAACAUUUUACCAGCUGAAGAAAUUGUUCCAGUGCAAUCAGAAUUGGGAAAUAUCUGUGAUGUGUGCAAGAUGAUUGUUGCUUAUGCAGACAAGGAACUAGCAAAGAAUGCUACCACUGCUGAGAUUGAAAUGUUUCUGGAACGAGUCUGCCACUACUUACCAGAGUCUGUUAGCGACCAGUGUGUCCAGUUUGUGAAGGACUAUGAGCCAACAGUUGUGGCGCUUCUGGCAGAAAUGAUGGAUCCUACUUUUGUGUGCAAUAAACUUGGAGUUUGCUCAGCAUCCACUAAACCUCUUUUGGGAUCGGAAUUGUGUGUCCGAGGACCAGGGUACUGGUGUAAGAACAUGGAAACUGCAUCUCAGUGCAAUGCUGUUGAGCACUGCAAGCGUCAUGUGUGGAACUAGAAGAUAUAUAAUUUUGGCCAGUUCUUUUUUCAUUUUUGGAAGAAAAUAGAAGCCAAGGGUUAAGCUUAGUAAAAGCUAAAUCUUAGUAUCUUGAUCUUCUCCCACUCCAUUUCAAGUACCUUUUUAUGAAUUGCUUAGUAGCAGUGCUACUAUCUUGGAAGGAUCCACUGUUUUGACUUACUGAUAUUUCUAAUUCCAGUUGUAGGCCUUUGCGAUACAUGAGAACAUACUGCCAGUCAUUGAUCAAUUGGGUUCAGUGUUUCUGAGAAGGAGUAAUAAUGUGUGUGUGUAUGUAAGUAAACUAAGGCAGUGCUGGUGUGUCUGGAUUUUAAUUACUUGGUUUUUUUUUAAAGACAUUCUUGCUGAUAAUUGAACUUAAAAUGUGGGACUGCAGUGCUCUCUAUUGAAAUAGCUGUUGAUACCCUCUUGUGAUCAGUUAACCUUGUAGAUAAAUCUUCCAAAUAAAUUCUUAACUGCUGGCUCAAAACUAUAUAGACAGAGGCAAUCCUGUUCCUUCCGAAGGGAUGACUUAGGUAUGCCCACAAUUGUUUCAUAAUUAAGUCUUAAGUCCCAAUGCCUGUGUAGCUAAUACUGAAUGAAUGUUCAUUCACAACAUAAGGUGCAGGCAGUACUAGUUGAUAGUGCAAAUUUGAAAUGCUUACGAAUGAUCAGUCCAUUAUUUUUUAAACAAAUUUAGUAGCUUCUCUUUCAAGAGGUACAGUUCAUUUGGUCCACCUAGACCUCUAGUGCAUGGAGCUCUUUCCCUCCAUUUUGGUAAGGUGUAUUUCCUGAAAUUAAAAUAAAAAAGAAGCUUGGUAGAAAAAAACAGGCUAAGUAUCAGUUUUCUUGUUAAAUUGUACAUUUAUCUAUUAAGAUUGUCUUUUCUUAACAACUUAUCCCUCUACAGAAGAGGUCCCCAACCCCAGGCUGUGGCCCCCAGAUUGCGUAAGCAGUGGGCGAGCGUGCUCAUGCACGAAGCUCCAUGCGCCCACCAUUUUCCAAGUAAAGAUUGGGGACCGCUGCUCUACAGUGUUACGUCUACUUGCAUAAGUAGACAUUUUCUUGGGAUUGUAGUAGGAAUAAAUCAGAACAUGUAUGAGCAAAAUGUUAACUGGUAGUCAUGACUUUUACAUGAAGACAGCUGUGGUUUGCUGGGGUGGGGAGCAAGUACACAGACUCAAAAACAGUAUGCUUGUUGAACAUAUAUAAACAAACCGUAAAGCCCUUAAACACCAUAACUACUGACUUGGUUUAAAAUACAGAUUUCUAGAAUGGAAUUCCUAAAAUAAUUUAAUUAUUUUUUAUUUUAUAUAUCUUGGGUGCACUUUUGAGGGCAUUGACUUGAAAUCUUCAGACUGAUACUUUUUCUUUUGUCUGCUGCUGGCUCCAAAUUCUUGCUGCUUUGAAAUAAGUAUAUAAUGAAAAACAAGAGCAAAUUAAUAUAGAUGUUUGUUCUGUAGCGUUGUACUUAAUAUUUCCUUUUUAAGAGAUUGUUAUGUGUUGCUGGAAAUUAUAAUACACUCCCUAUAAAAGAAAAAUGGCAUUCUGUGAGGUAAAACACAUUUAUGUGUAGAAUCCAGUUUCUUGCUGAUAGGAAAUGAUUUCAUACUUUUUGGACAAAUUCUUACAACUUAAUGUAAAUAUGAUGUGCAGAGUAAUGUCUUACCUUCAGAAAUGAGCUGGGAAGAUAAGCAGCUGCUUUAACAAACCGCUCUAUUCUAUUUUUUUUUCUUUUUGUACUAAAGCUUCUGUAAUGCAAUAAAUAUGUAACUACA